AUGAAAGAUCAUAAUCACUCCAUUGCUCCUUCCAUCCAGCAAAAAAACCCCGACGCCGGAAUCCAAUCGCAUCAACAGCGCUCUUUAAAUAUGCUUUCACCAAACCUGAAUAAGAACCAUAAUCACCAUCGAGGCCAUCGUGAUGGUUUCUCCCAUCUUCAUCACGAUCAACAAGGUCAACAAAAUAUACAAGGUGAUGACCAUCCCCAACAGCAACAACAGCUGGUCAACCAUCAUCACCAUCAUCACCAGUUGAUGCAACAACAGCAACAAAACCAGCAAUCUAUCGCUGGUAGAAGGCAUCAAAAACCUAGUAAGGCAGAAGGAGGUCAUGCUGUAUCUGCUACUGUUUGUGCGAACUGUGGGACCACCACUACUCCGUUGUGGCGAAGAGCUCCUACUGGAGAGACUAUCUGUAACGCAUGUGGCUUAUACUUGAAAGCCCGCAAUACUGUGCGUCCACCGUGGCUGAAACGCAACAAUAUCAAAAAACCCACACCACCUUCUUCCCAAUCUCCUAUCCUUCCAGCGGGUACCUGUCCGGGAGACGGGCAUUGUGACGGAACAGGCGGACCGUCAUCGUGUAAUGGCUGCCCCGCUUAUAACCAACAUCAAGUAAAUAGGCAAGCACUUGUCUGUGCUAACUGCGGCACAAAUACCACUCCGCUUUGGCGUCGAGACGAAGGUGGCAAUACUAUUUGCAAUGCCUGCGGCCUAUACUAUAAACUUCAUAGCGUACAUCGGCCAGUUACCAUGAAGAGAAGUGUUAUAAAACGAAGGAAGAGAGUAGCAUUGGCUAACGGAAGUGUAAACGGUGUUGUCGCGGGAAAUGGAAACGUGCACACGGGAAUUAACGGAGGAAAUGGAACUAGUGCUCGUGGACACCACCAACAUAGAAUGACCGGGCAUGCAAGUGACAACGAAACUCACAUUUCAUCACGUCACGAAGAAGUUAUCCAACAUCCUCCGACCCCAAGUAGUUCCGGUUCUGAUCGUGAUUAUCCUACCUCUGAGGAAGACGAACUUCCGGUCCGUCGUGCUCCCAAACGUAAGAAUGUCUUUGACGAAUGCCUUGUUCCCAAGAGGCACUGUAACGAGCGUGCUGUCCCAGCUAUCGAAGACUAUAUUGCUACUAAGAAGAACGGUGGGGAUUUAUAUGGACAUGCGUCCGACGAAGAUCGAAGAAGGUGUUUGUCUCCUGUUGAACCUAACGCAGUUCAGAUUCACCGUGGUGGAAAUAGUGGUGGAUAUAUGGGCACUCCAGAUUGCCCCUUGCCGUCAGUGUUUAACAGUGGAAACGAAAGUGCAAACUGUUCGCCAUUGCAUAGUGGAAGUACAUCCCCAAUUUAUGCGCAAUCUCCCGUACAUACUCCGGCGAUUACCAUGCCGAGCCCACCUUCCUCUUCCUCCAUCAAUGCCCUGUUGAAUCCUUCCCCCUCUCCGCAGUUGCCUCCAAUUUCUUCUGUGGGUUUGGGUAUACGCUCUUUGAAUGCCGGCCAGUCUAACCCAUCCUCUGCUUCCGCUUCGGUUGAUCAUAACAUCACCAGUGUUCUCCAGGCUCAUAGGCAAGAACUUCAACGGGAAGUUUCUCAUUUAUCUAUGCUCCUCAACCGUACCACGGCUAUUCUCGAUGGUUUGGACAGAGCCAUGGCGUCGGUGAAUACCAGUCAGUAA